CGCUUCCUCCCCGCCGCGGAGCCGGGCGCCAGCGUGAAGGAUAAAUAAAAAGCGAAGAGGAAGAGGCUGGGGAGGAGGAGGAGGAGGAAGAAGGGGGGGGAGGAAAGAAGAAGAAGAAAGCGAGCAAGAAAAGAAAGCAAGGAGCCAGGCGGCCAGCCCAGCCGCGCCGCUCCCGGCAGCCAGGGCAGGAGGCGGCGGCGGAGCGGGGCCGGCGGCCGGCGAUGGAUGACCAGCCGCGGCUGAUGCACACGCACAGCGGGGUGGGGAUGCCGGGGCACCCGGGCCUGUCCCAGCACAUGCAGGAUGGACCAGGCGGGGCGGAGGGGGAGGCAGGCAGGAAGCAGGACAUCGGAGACAUCUUACAGCAGAUCAUGACCAUCACGGACCAGAGUUUGGACGAGGCGCAGGCCAGGAAACAUGCUUUAAACUGCCACAGGAUGAAGCCGGCGCUUUUUAAUGUCUUGUGUGAAAUCAAAGAAAAAACAGUGCUGAGCAUCCGGGGGGCGCAGGAGGAGGAGCCCACGGACCCCCAGCUGAUGAGGUUAGACAACAUGCUGCUGGCAGAGGGGGUGGCGGGCCCCGAAAAAGGAGGGGGCUCAGCCGCCGCUGCCGCCGCCGCCGCCGCGUCCGGAGGAGCCGGCUCCGACAACUCGGUGGAGCACUCCGACUACAGAGCCAAGCUGUCCCAGAUCAGACAGAUCUACCACACGGAGCUGGAGAAGUACGAGCAGGCGUGCAACGAGUUCACCACCCACGUGAUGAACCUGCUGCGCGAGCAGAGCCGGACCCGGCCCAUCUCGCCCAAGGAGAUCGAGCGGAUGGUGAGCAUCAUCCACCGCAAGUUCAGCUCCAUCCAGAUGCAGCUGAAGCAGAGCACGUGCGAAGCUGUCAUGAUCCUGCGCUCGCGGUUCCUGGACGCACGGCGGAAGAGACGAAACUUCAACAAGCAAGCCACGGAAAUCCUGAAUGAGUAUUUCUAUUCCCAUCUCAGCAACCCUUAUCCCAGUGAGGAAGCCAAAGAAGAGCUAGCCAAGAAAUGUGGCAUCACAGUCUCACAGGUAUCAAACUGGUUUGGAAAUAAGAGAAUCCGGUACAAGAAGAACAUAGGUAAAUUUCAAGAGGAAGCCAAUAUUUAUGCUGCCAAAACGGCUGUCACGGCUACCAACGUGUCAGCCCAUGGAAGCCAGGCUAACUCACCCUCAACUCCCAAUUCAGCUGGUUCUUCCAGUUCUUUUAACAUGUCAAACUCUGGAGAUUUGUUCAUGAGCGUGCAGUCUCUCAAUGGGGAUUCUUACCAAGGGGCCCAGGUUGGAGCCAACGUGCAGUCACAGGUGGAUACCCUUCGCCAUGUUAUCAGCCAGACAGGAGGAUACAGUGACGGACUCGCGGCAAGUCAGAUGUAUAGUCCGCAGGGCAUCAGUGCUAAUGGAGGGUGGCAAGACGCUACUACCCCAUCGUCGGUGACCUCCCCCACAGAAGGCCCUGGCAGCGUUCACUCUGAUACCUCCAACUGAUCUCCCAGCAAAUUGCAUCCCUGGCUGAGCCGGCCCCGGCGGGGGCGGGAGAGGAGGGGCCUCUCCUAACACCGCAGCAGUCAGACUGGAGGUGAACCCAAUCAGCACACACAAGAAGACUCCUUCUCUUCUCUUCGUCGGGAUGCUUUUUUCAGCCAAUCUGGACACUUCUUUAUACUCUCUUCCCUUUCUUUUCUGGGUAGAAGCCGCUCUCCCCCUCCCCGCCACCGCCACAACACCACUCCCUUCCCCUCCCCGCUUCCCACCCAAGGUAGAAGGAUUUUAAGGAGGAAAAGCAAAAAUCCACCACCACACAAACCAAGCCCAGAGCAGUGUACAGCCUCAUGCUGGGUGUCUUUCUGAGGAGCUACAAAUGUACCUCAGUCACGUCUCGCUCCCUCGCUAGCAGGCAGCCCCUGCCCCCGUUCCUUUCACGCUACCUCUCCGUAGGGAAUUGCCACCGUAGGGAAUCUGCUCCUGCCUCAUCUCCACAGCCUCCCUCACUCAGCCCUGCCCCAGUGAGCUGUCCCUCAGCUGCUGCAGGGACAGGGCAGGUGGCACAGCCCCCGUGCACGUGGAAGGAGCCAGCGUGCUCCCCCUCGCUUCCAAAAGGUACCAUCCCCAUUGCCAACCCUGGGGAGACUUCCCAGUGCCAGCCCUACUUGGCCAAGCAUCCCUGCCGCUGGCUGCUGUGAUCUGGAUGAGCUGUGGAACCCUGCUGUCCUGCCUGCCUAUUGCUGGAGGGGAGAAGAGGAGGGAAGGAAGGGAGGCAGAGGCAGGUGAGAAACGGCCAUGGCUGCUGACACCUCCCCGGAGUGUGCGGGAUCAGGCACGGAUGGCUGCUGGGACACCAGCACUUCUCUCACAGCACCUAGAGAGGCUGCUGCUGGAGUUCUCCUGCUGAGGGCAGUGCCACGGGGUGUUGGCUCCUGUUUCCAGGAGCAGCUGGCUUUUCCAGUUCAGGCAAGACCCACAGAGGUUUGUGCCAUCCCCUGCGUUCCCAAAGCCCUGCCAAGCCAGCGGUGAGAGAUGGGCAGCAGAAUGCCAGGGGCUGGAAGUGCUGGGGCGAGUGUCUCGGGUGCUUUUGGUAGCUCUUCACGCCACAGCUUUGCUCUGUAGGAUGGGUGGCUGCCCCACUGGGGGAUGUCUCUGUGCUGGAGCUGCUGGUUUGACCCCAGGAGUUACCUGGGCAGUGGCCAUGGAAGGACUCACGGGACUUUGUGCCCAGCUUUUCUGGCCCACUGUUGGGACAAGCAGUGAUGGCUGGCAAGCGAGGCUUCAUUCUGCCCCUUCAGGCUGGUGCUGAGAGGAUGUGGCUUUCAUGGAAGAGCAGGAAGAGGCAGCACCAGUUUCCCUGGGCUGCGGGCUGAGCUCCAUGCCAGGGUGGGACUUCUGGCCAUCGGUUCUUGCAGUGGGCACGAGGAGGCUGAGCCAGCCUGCAUCAAGACCCUGGGUGUGCUGGGGACUGGUGUGGGUGCAGGAUGUCUGGCACCUCGUGAUGGAUCCCAGGAUCCCCUGGGAUCAACACCUCACGCUGUUGAAUGUCCAUGCCCACCCUGCUUGUGCUGGUCUCGAGGUGGGAACUGCCAGCGUGGAGCAGCAUUAAAGAGAAACCAUUUAAAAUUAGAGCUCUGCCAAAAAUACUUCCACCCUUCUGCUGGAAAAAAAUAAUGGUCCUUGGCCUGCAGGGCACAGUGGUGGUGUGGCUGCAGCUCCAGCACGCUGUCACCUUGCAGCACAGGGGUGUCAUGUGUCCAGCAGUGACACUUCCACUCCUUUUGCAUCCAUGCCGGGAGUGGGACCCUGUGGCAGAGCAGGAUGUGACACGAGGGGCCUAGGGCUGCCUCCCAGCUGUGUGCUAAGAGCAUGGAGAAGGUUGUUUUCCUGCAAGGACAGUCAGGAGGUGCUGCCCACCUUCCCCAGCUCUGCACCUUCCCACUUUCCUCCUCGUCUUCCCGUGGUCUCCCUCAGCGCUGCCUUUGUCCAAGUCCAGCUCAUUUAACAUGAACCUGUUCUGGCAAAGCGUUCCAGGGACACAGGACCGGCUCGGGCCUCUCUGCUGAGCCACAGCAGUGGAAUGCCUCCAUCCCUUUGGAAAGCACCUGGGAAUGAGCCAAACCACAGCCUGCUGGAGCCAGCCCACACUGGGGCUGCCCCCUGCCCUGUGCCCCCCGCCCGGGCUGCCCCUCGCUCCUCCAAGGUACUUUGCAAAUCCCCUCCUGGGUUCCCCAGUUUGUGUUGGCAUAGCUGCUUGCUUGCCUUUUUUUUUGCUUCUUUUUUUUUUUUUUUUUUUAAUUUUUGGGUUUUGUUUCUCCUCCCCCAUUCUCCUCCCCUGCUCCAGCCCGAGUGUUGUGGGGUUUUUUUCCUUUUUUUUUUUAUUAUUAUUUCUCUUUUCUGCCCAGAAAAACCUGACUUCGAUACCAAAAAAAAAAAAACAAAACAAAACAAAAAAAACCACAAAAAAAACACAAACAAAAAAAAAAAACCUGCAGAAACUCAAAAAAAAUAAAAAUGAAAAAAAAAUCACAAAAAAAAACUCGACGAUUCUUUCAGCUUUAUUAACAUUUUCCAUUGUUUCUUGCGAUUUGUGUCUCGUUCUUUGUAGUAUUGAUGAUAACGAACAUUUGAUAAUGAAUGUUCUUGUAUAUUCAGAUAAAGGAGAAAAAAAAAACCAAAAACGCAGCCGGAAUUUAAUAGUGUUUAUAAUAAAAGAAUAAAAAAUGACCCUCUUAGCACGCAAAAUUGAACGGGGGGAAGGUCCCAUCCCUGUUCUUUCUGUGGCAACAAGCGCUUCAUUCCUGUAUAGUUUAUAACAUCAAACUACCUACAUUCAUCCUCCUUUUUUUUGUUUGUUUGUUUUUUCCCAUGGUUUGGGUUUUUUUUCCAUUUUCUCGCAUUUGUGAAUUAGUUCAAGAAUGCUAGAAAAGUGUAGAGUUGUGCACACUCAUUUCUUCUUACACAAUGUUUAAAAAGUGACGGUAAUUCAUUUUGUAAAACUUUAAAAAGAAAAAAAUGGUUGGAAUAGUGAGCAUUAAUAGGUACAGUCUAACACUUUAUGUUUCUUAACGUUGAGACCCAGAAAUGAACCUUUUUUGUUGUUUUUUUUUUAUUAUUUUUGCCUUGUUUGGGAUGGGGGGAGGAGGCUUUGAUGAUGAUGAUGAUGAUGAUGAUGCUGAGUUUAUUUUGACCUGUCAGAGACAAUGGCCUUGCCACCUCCCCUGCGCUUUUGUGACCAGAGUGAUGUGAAAAGUGCUGGUGGUGUUUUUGGGGGAGGUGUUUCUCCCCAUUCCUGUCAGAUCCCAGCUCCAGGAGAUCCUCGUGUGGCUGCUCUGGGGCUGAGCAGUGGGAUUUCACCUCUGAAAAGGGAUGGGAUUCCCAGGAGUUUUGGGGAGGAGGUGGGGGGGAGUCAAGCCCUGAGUUCCUGAGGAUCUCCAUUCUGGGGGUGUCGCUGAGCUGCCUGGAAGUGAUGAAAGGGCAGGAAUCCUUCCCAGAACUUGUGGAUGGUUGGUUCUCUUCCCUGAAUCCCAGUGUCCCAAACCCAGGGAUUCAGGGUAAGGAAUGUUCCAACCUCCCCUUGCCUGGACCUUGCUGGAGCUGAGGUCCCAGAGCCUGGCUGAGCUGGGACAGGGGAUGGCACGUGGCCACAGUGUCCCAAAUCCAGCCCCAAAUCCCAGUGGCUGCAGAGUGGGGUUCAGGUUGAAGCGCUGAGGAAGGUCCUGGUUGGCAUCGCUUCAGUUUUCUCCUAAAACCUUUUCCUGCUCCUUCCAAAAAAACCCCUGAGCUUUUCACAUCACGGCCCAGUUUAGGGUUUGGGGUGUUCCUUUAAAUCCCAAAGUUUCCUGGAGUCCUUUUGUUUUCGUACACCUUUAUUAUUAUUAUUAUUUUAUUAAGAGGAUGUAAAUCAGACAUUGCCUGGGGGUUGGUUUUGUCAGUUUGCUUUUUUUGUUCUUGCAAAGCCCUUUCUGUCCCUUGUAAAGGUGAUCCAGUUCGGAGUUGCUUUUUCUUUUCUAUUUUUUUUCUCCCCAUUUUUUUUUUUUUAAUUCAUUCCUAAUGGUUUCCAAAUAUAAAAAAGAAAAAAAAAUUAAAAAAAAAAAAUAAAAACCCUUAAAGAAAAAAGAAAAAAAAAAAAAAAAAGACUCUCUGUUCCAACCUGGUUUUGAAACUUUUUUGCUUCUGUAAAGAAAAAAAGGCCUCUGUCUUUCUGAUCCCAAUUGAAACUUUUAUGUUCUAUGACGAUACUAACAAGGUGUAGGUUUUACAGUUUCCUGAUUUGUACUGGUAAUGCAUAUUCCAAAUAAAUAGUUUCUUUUGUUGCAAAAAAAAAAAAAAAAAUCAAAAAAAACCAAAA